GCACAACAGCUAACAGAUCUGGAGCAGAAACUAGCCGUUGCAAAAGAUGAAUUGGAAAAGGCAGCCCUUGACAAAGAGUCACAGCUGAAAGCUCUGAAGGAGACCGUGCAGCUUUGCCUGUCUUCUGUUCUGCACAAUCAGCCUCCUGCUACGAAUCUAAUCCCUUCAAAACCAGCCGAGAAGCUGACAUCCCCACUUACAAAGGGCUCCAAAGUUCCAUUUCAAGUGACAAGCACCAAGGUUGGCAAGACAUGUUUGGGGAAUCGCAAUAAUUCAACGUCUCAUUUGAAGACAGCAGAAACAGAGACAAGCUUUCAGAAGUUGCACAGCCCUCCAUGGACUAAACCUGAAGAUAAAAAAUCACCUGAAAGAAGUGAGAAAAAAUUUGAAGAGUCUGUUAGUACAAAAGAAAAAAAACUCUGA